AUGUUCCAGAGACAUCUGCUGGACAGUUGCAAGAAAUUAAAGAAAAUUGAAACAAAUGAAGACAACUUAUAUGUAGACAAAACAUGGUUUCAGUGUGAGAGUGAGACUUGUUUAAAAUGGAGGGUGUUAUCUAAUGAAGAUGCCUCCCAAGUUGAUAUCCAUGAUUCAUGGUUUUGCUUUAUGAACAAUGACCAAAACCAUAACACGUGUUCUGCUUCUGAAGAAUACUAUCCUGAAGAAUCUUAUGUUCUUAAACAUGGGUUUAAAUAUGUCUAUUCACAACUUCCUAUAGGAAGUCUAGUCUUGGUGAAAUCAUACAAUUGGCCAAGUUGGCCAGGUAUACUUUGCCUUGAUCCUUUAAUGGGGGAAUAUAUGACCUGUGACCUGGAUGGAAAUGUUGAAUAUUAUCAUGUAGAAUUCCUGGGUAAUCCCCAUUCAAGAAAAUGGAUAAAAGCAAACAGUGUUGGUCAUUAUAGUAUCACUUUAAAGCCAGAAAAAUGCAAAUUUAAUAAAAAGUGGUAUGAAAGUGCCCUUCAAGAAGCAUACCUGUUAUAUGCAUUUUCUCAUGAGCAAAGACUGGAUCUGUGUCUUCUAUCAAAAACAGGGAUGCCUUUAGUGGACACACCUGAAGCAAAUGUUAAAGCUGCUACAAAAGCCAAGAAAAGACAUGAUGUUUUCAUCAAUGUUGUCAGAUGUCUUUCAGCACUAAACAGCACUAAAGUCAGCUACUGCACUGAUGGGGCUGGUCACAUUCUACCUUUAACUUCAGUACUAGCUGCUGAAGCAGCAGCAGCAGCAGCUGUAGCAGCAAACUGUUGUCCUAAGAAUUAUUCUGGGAAGCAGAGCCACUCAAAGCUUCUUGAGGAAGCCUCCAGAAAUCUUUUCAAGCUGCAGUCUGGCCUGAAGGAGAACCAGAAAGAAUUUUUCAAAUACUCUUUUGAAAUAGUCUGUUCAGAUGAUGCCUUAUUAAAGGAAAACAUAGUUGUUUCUGAAACAGAGGACAUACUAAGAGAUCUGCUACAAAUGCUGGAGGAAGUAGGAGAACCUGUGAAGACAUUUGAGGAGUCAUAUGCACAUGGAAAUGAAAUACAUGCAGAAGGAAAGAGGAAGAAACUGAGGUGUGGAGAAGUAAAGGGACCUGUCCACAGUCACAGGGUGGCAGAAACGGCAGGAGUGAUGAAGCCUAGCACAAGUGGAAAAAAAAGAGACAAAGAAACAGUGACAGACAGAAAGGGGGGGCCAAAGAGAGGGUUGAGAGAAAAGAGAGAGAAAAUAGAAAGUAGGAGCCAGGACAAGCCCUCAGCAUUUGAUGAUCACAUCUCACAACUGUUUUUUCCCCUAAAGAUCUGCUUCUCCAGGCCACGUCAAGACGGUGAUUUGUCUUUAACCUCAGCCACAGUAUCUCUGCACAACUCAGAAACUUCAGAAGAAAUUCUAUGUGAAAACCAGUAUGAAGAGGAUUGUCUUAUAAUUGAUGGAGUAUCCCUCAAAACAGGAGAAUGUAUUGAGAAUAUAACUGAUAAGUUUAAAGAAAUAGAUGCUUUGAUGUCUGAAUUUUAGACUAGCAUGUAAGUGACUAAAAAUGAUCUAUUCUUGUGGCUUCCUAUUUUCAGAUCACAAAUGUAUUUAAAAUAAAAGGUCCAAGAAGCAAAAGCAACACAGAAAUGAUGCAUUUAUUCAUUUAAAAUUUAUUACUUGACUAUAGAAAUUAAAUGAUGUCCAUGUAAAGGCUUAAGACAAA